GCUGUAACGGGCGGGGUUUCCUUCUUGCUCCUGUACCAUGUUUGAGAUGUCUCCUUAACAACCGAUGCGAGAGUCAAACAGGAGAAGUUUUCUUCGGAAAAACGUUUGGAGUCGGAAUGGCUGGGACUGGUGAGGGAAAGAAGGAAGAGGCCGACUACAAGAGACUGCACAGCUUCCCUCUCAUCAGACACACAGACAUGCCAGAGGAAAUGAGGGUUGAGACCAUGGAGUUGUGUGUAACAGCCUGUGAGAAAUUUGCUACCAAUAACGAAAGCGCAGCUAAGAUGAUAAAGGAGUCCAUGGAUAAGAAGUUUGGAAGCUCGUGGCACGUGGUGAUUGGCGAGGGCUUCGGCUUCGAGGUCACACACGAAGUGAAGAACCUGCUUUACAUGUUUUUCGGUGGGAGCCUGGCUGUCUGCGUGUGGAAGUGCUCUUAGCGCCUCUCCCCUCCGUGCCCUCUGCCCCGCCGGCGUGCUCACCACGCUGGGAAUCGACGCCGGCUCCGUUUCACCCGCGGCAGAUCAGUUCGUCCGAGCUACCAGCCACUGUGGCAGAGAAAGGAAGUACUUGUUCAUAAAUAAAAUACCGUUAUUUCACCUUUCAGACUUUGACUGCCACUUUGGUCUGGUAGAGGUAAAAAAAAAAAAAAGCUUCAUUCCUUUUUUCUUUUUGCUACUGAUCAUUUUUAAUUUUUUUUACCCUUCAUUUAAGCCAUCUUCUGUUCUUGAACGUCACUUUGAAUGCUUGCAAGCUUGCAUGUUCAAGUAAUUAAAAAAAAAAAAACAACACACAGCCAGCCAGGGUCUCCAAAGUCCUUUUUCCUUCUUUUUUCUUCAGGGGAGUGCAUGUGUGUGUCAAUGACUGAUUUCCAUGAUGGUGUGUGCUGGACACACAUUUUUUCCGCCCCUUAAGGACCUUAUAUUGCCACUUUCCUCCUUAGUUUCGUGCGGCAUUUAUUUGAACGUUUUUCCCRUCCACGUCGUCCAAAAUGUUUCACACGUGUCUUUCUCUCUACAACAGCACUACUUUCAAUAAAUUUUGUAAGAUUUU